AUAUAGAAAUCAAACAGUAUAAACGAAAACAAAACGGGCACGAAGUAAACGCACGGAUUUUCCAUACAAAUUUAUAUCAAAAUAUAAGUCGGACGACACGGAAGUAUUACCGCAGAAAAUGGCUAGCUCCUCACGAAUUGAAAAUAAGGUUUGCUGCAAUUCGCAUCCCGAUGCUCCGCUCAUCGAGGAUUAUAGAGCGGGCGAUAUGAUUUGCUCAGAAUGUGGUCUUGUGGUUGGCGAUCGUGUUAUAGACGUUGGCUCUGAAUGGCGUACAUUUAGCAACGAAAAAAGCGGUGUUGACCCUAGUCGUGUUGGUGGUCCUGAAAAUCCUCUGCUGAGUGGUGGUGAUUUAUCAACAAUUAUUGGUCCUGGUACUGGUUCGGCGUCAUUUGAUGCAUUUGGUGCUCCGAAAUACCAAAACAGACGUUCAAUGAGUAGUUCAGAUCGUUCAUUAAUUUCCGCAUUCAAGGAAAUUUCCUCUAUGGCGGAUCGCAUUAAUUUACCGAAAACAAUCGUUGAUCGCGCCAAUAAUUUGUUUAAGCAGGUUCACGAUGGUAAGAACCUUAAAGGUCGUUCUAAUGAUGCUAAAGCAUCAGCCUGUUUAUACAUUGCUUGUCGUCAAGAGGGUGUUCCACGUACAUUUAAAGAAAUUUGCGCUGUAAGUAAGAUUAGUAAGAAGGAAAUCGGACGAUGCUUCAAAUUAACACUAAAAGCCUUAGAGACAAGUGUCGAUCUUAUAACUACUGCCGAUUUUAUGUCUCGUUUCUGCGCAAAUUUGGAUUUGCCUAACAUGGUUCAACGUGCUGCAACUCACAUUGCUAAGAAAGCUGUAGAAAUGGAUAUUGUUCCAGGUAGAUCUCCAAUUUCUGUCGCAGCAGCAGCUAUAUACAUGGCUUCGCAGGCAUCCGAACAUAAACGCAGCCAAAAAGAAAUUGGCGAUAUUGCUGGCGUAGCUGAUGUCACAAUCAGACAAUCUUAUAAACUUAUGUAUCCUCAUGCAAAUGAUUUAUUCCCCGAGGACUUCAAAUUCACUACACCAAUUGAUCAGCUACCACAAAUGUAGAAAUAUGUGUGCAUAUCAUAUGUGCUUAUAUAUAUAUAUAUUUUUUUUUUCUUAUAUAUUUAAAUCAUUUAUUUUAUUUUUUAUUUUUUUAUUUUUUGCGUAACAAAUCAUAAUAUUCUUUGUGGUUCACUUUACUUUUUUAAAUCUAAAUAUUUUUUAAAAAAAUAAUUUAAAAUUUAAUUGUAAUUUAAUACAAUGUUAUAUUUUUUAUUCAGUUGAAUUUAAUAUAUAUAAAUAAAUAGAAU